AUGGCCAUGGCUGCCUCCGUCCAGGUCAACUUCUAUUCCGAUACUGGUUGUCAGAACUUCAUCGGAUCCCGCUUCAUCGAUUUUGACCCGAACCAGGGUGGCACACACCAUAGUGGUGGCCCUGCAGGCUCUCGUGGUGGCCUGUUUGUCAACUCCAACGGAGAUAACCUCGCCUUCCGUGGGUUUAGUAACCACCCUGACGGUAGCAGCCCUUUCACUGGCAAUGUCGUUGACGGCGAAUGCAUUGGUACCCUCAACGGUGUUGUUGCCGUUUUUAUCGUCUGA